AUGCCACAACGCGAAGAGGAGGUCUUCUGCCAUCUUUGUCAGUCCGUCUUCCCCAAGGCGGAUUACGGACUGACAUGUCCCCGCUGUGACUCGGAAUUUACGGAGAUUAUCGAGCCAAAUUCAGAGCACCCCGCUGCAGUUCACCAGACCGAGCCAGAGCCAGAACCAUCGAGUCCCCCACGGCAGUCACGGCAGUCACGACAGUCGCCACGACGAGAGGCGUCUCGAUCUCCGGCUAGCUCACUCCAUGACCAUCACCCCUGGGCGGAGAUGGGCGCCGAGAUACGUGAGUUCGGCAACGGUGGUGGCUUCAGAAGCCAGUCCUACCGCUCCCCAGACGGACGCUUCACCUUCACCAGCACAACCUUCUCCACUGGGAUGCCCCCGCGGCGAAUGCGAGGGGGAUUUCCGGACGUAUUUCCCCAGGAUGAUGCUUUCAUGCGUACCUUCAACAGCAUUUUCCAGAGCCUAGCGGGGACGCAGUUCGAUAACGGACGUAGAGACAGAGACAGGGAUCCUUUGCGCGCAGACGAUCUCCACCCGCCUUGGACUGCUGAUGAGCAUGGUGAUCGAGACCGUCCCAGAAAUCCGCUACAUGGAGGGUUAUGGCCGAGAGAUGCAGACAACCCGCAACCGAUGGUACAUCCGCUUGAGAGUAUAAAUGACAUCCUCAACAUGUUCCAGACAGAGUUCCCAUUUGACAGACACGGACAGGCCGACAGACCAAUGGGUAGAGGCGGCAUCCGCAUCAUGGAAGGCAAUCCGCUGUCUAUCAUCGCCAGUAUACUGGGUGGGGGUCGCCAUGGCGAUGCCGUCUACUCACAGGAAGAGCUAGAUCGGGUGAUUUCGCAACUGAUCGACCAGAACAUGAAUGGGAAUGGGGCACCGCCUGCCUCACAGAGUGCAAUCCAAGCCCUACCCAAGAAGAAGGUCGAUCGGGAGAUGCUAGGGCCAGAGGGCAAGGCAGAGUGCUCCAUCUGCAUGGAUUCGGUGGAGUUGGGCACCGAAGUCGCAGUACUUCCGUGCAAGCACUGGUUCCACUUUGGAUGCAUUGAGAUGUGGCUGAAUCAGCACAAUACCUGCCCUCACUGCAGGCGUGGCAUCAAUAAUACACCUCAGUAA